CCCUCUCUCCUUCUUCUUCUCCACCAAGUUCUUUGCUUUAUCAUCCUUUGCUUCUUUAUAAAUAAGAAUAAAAAUAAAAAAUAAAACCCUAAAAUAAAAGGACUCUCUCUUUCGUUCUCUGUUUUUGCUUUUACAGAUCUCAAAAAAAUUUCUUUUCUUAACCUGUUACUCUUCUCUCUCUUUCUCUGUGAGCUUGGGCUUUUGAAGGUGAAUCUUUGGAUUUCUUAUUCCGGAAAUCCUUUCGCUGCAACGACAAGGAGCUGAGUGCGCUGGGCUGGAAGAAUUCCUUCAGCCAAGGAAUUGGCAUCACUGCACCUAAGGCAAGAACGCGCGACAAACCUACGAGUCUUUAAGUUUUGGCCAUUUUGGAGGAAGAAUUGACGCGCUUGGUAAAUAAUUGAGGACGAUAAAGAUUGAAGCCAGAUGACUCGUAUUCUAGUGCAGCGAGGCAGUGGUUCUUCUUCGAACCAGAGCCGUGCAGGAUCUUCUUCUUCGGCUGCUAGGCCAGACACACAGGGUACUAGCAUCCUUCAGGCUGUUUCGACUGUGAAUGAGGAUGUUGGUGAGGAGGAGCAAGAGCAGGUAGUGGUCGAUGAAUUCUUGGAGAAUGGUGGUAGUCAUGAUAAUAAAGUGGUAAAAAGUGACGAGCUUUUGAUGGGAAGCACAAAUGGUGACCGAAGUGACGGUUUAAAUGAUGAAAUUGUUGAUAACGAUAAAGUGGGUAAUGAGGAAGGGGUGGGAUCAGGGGAUUCGGUUAAAGGAUUGGGUGGGCUGAUUUUGGAGAGAUCUCAUGUGGAGAGUGAAGGUUCAAGUUCUGAUUCUCCAGAGAACGGUAGUGGAAGCCCACAGCCGCCACCGCCUCCUGUGCCACCUCCAAAACCUGACCUGACAAACUCGAAUUCAAGGAGAUUUAUAUCAGGAACUUCAAAUUCUGUGCGAAUUGGAUCAUCUAGGAGAGCAGUCGCUUGGCCUGUUGUUUCGACAAGGUCUUCACCAACUGGAUCACGGCCAUCCUCUCCCAGGUCUCAUGGUGAAAAUGAGGGGUACAAUAGUGCUGAUGAGCAGAAUCCUUGCUACGUUUCCUCUUAUGAUGAUUUCGAAAGAGAGCGGCAGUUUGAGAUUGACAUCAGACGGUCCAAAGGGUUAGAAGUCAAAAGAAUGUUGGAGGAUGGGAAUUGUCUCUUCCGUGCUGUGACAGAUCAAGUUUAUGGGGAUUCUGAAAUGUAUGAUUUGGCCAGACAAAUGUGCGUGGACUAUAUGGAAAGGGAAAGGGAUCACUUUUCUCAAUUCAUUACUGAAGGUUUUACAUCUUACUGUAAGAGGAAGAGAAGAGACAAGGUGUAUGGAAACAAUGUGGAGAUCCAAGCUUUAUCUGAAAUGUACAAUCGACCAAUCCACAUUUAUUCCUAUAGCACCGAACCCAUCAACAUUGGGAGCUACAAUACAGACACACCUCCCAUACAGCUAAGCUAUCAUCAUGGUAAUCAUUACAACUCUCUUGUCAACCCACGCCGUUCAACAAUUGGUGCAGGACUUGGUUUCAGCUGUCUUCAAGGGGCAAGUGUGGAUAGAGAUCAGGUCAAAGCUGCUAUUAAAGCUCAACAAGACCAGCAGAUUGAUAAUGCACUUCUGGCUGAGGGGCAGUUUUACUCUGAUCUUGAGAUUACUGAGAAGGAGAUCGAACGCAUGGUGAUGGAAGCUUCUAGAGCUGAGUAUCUUGCUGAUAACAAGUUCAAACCACAACUUGGCCGUAAAGGAUCUUCUACUUCUGGUGCAGAACCAUCAUCUUCUGGCGCUAGAUCAUCAUCGGCCAGUGAGACUACUGAGGUGGAAGGUGCAAGAGAACAUGGCUUACAGGAUACUGUCCUUAGCAGCAGUAUGCAGAUCGUGCUGUCAAUGGGAUUCAGUUACCUGCAAGCAAUCGAGGCCUACAGUAUAUUUGGUGAUGAUGUGGAUUCCAUGGUUUGUUACCUCGUGGAAACCAGCAGCAGCAGCAGCAGCAGACGCAAAGGCAAGGCAACUGAAUGACCACGACAGAGAUUCAGAAUUUUCCCGUCAGACAAAAUUGACUCUUCAGUGCUGGCGUUGUACUUAGAUGGAGAGAAAAAAAACCUGGUCCUAUUGAAACACAAACUUCCAGAACUUUAGAAUCUGUUUUUGAAGUUUGAAUGAUCAAUAAAAUGGAUAUAGUAGUAGCUAACCUUUAAGAUGGCCUUUUCUAACUAGAACGUGGAGCAUAUUAUGAUUCGGUCUAGGCAUUGAAAUGUUACAGUGUUGUCUGUUGGCUGGUUUAGCAGUCAGUAAUAGCAUUGACAUGUGAAUGUUCCGUUCGAUAUAUACGGUUCGAGGAGAAAUAUUAUCAGGUGAAUUAGUAUGUUCAAAUCUA